AUGGCGGGUCGAGGCUACGCGCCCCCGACGAACUUCGGCGAGGCCCCGAAGGGGUACGUCCCGGGCAUCGGGCGCGGCGCCGCGGGCUUCAUGACCCGCUCCGACCUCGGCGGAGCCGUCGCUCCGGCCCCAGGACAGACCGGACUCGGCGAGGGCGCGGGCUCUAGGUCCGCGCUCGCCAAGUUUCAACGCGAGAACGCCGAGAAGCAGGCGGAGGCGGCCGCCGCGGGCGGCGGGGGCGACGCCGACGAAGACAAAGAUUUCGACAAGUUCGAGGGCGCAGACGGCGGUCUCUUCGCCAACGCCGAGUACGACGAGGACGACGAGGAAGCCGACCGGAUCUACGCCGAGAUCGACGCGCACAUGGACUCGCGCCGACGGGCCCAACGCGAGGCGCGGUUGAAGGAGGAGCUCGAGAAGUACCGGCGGGAUAAUCCCAAAAUCACCGAGCAAUUUCGCGACUUGAAGCGAAAGCUGGGCGACGUAUCGUACGAGGAGUGGGACGCGAUACCCGACAUCGGCGAUUACACGAUAAAGAAGAAGAAGGACUUCGCGCAGUUCGCGCCCGCGCCGGACACGCUGCUGCAGAGGGCGCUGGACGAGAAAGGGGUGAGCACCCAGGAGGUUGACGACGGCGCGCUGACCGAUCUCAACGCCGUCGGCGAGGGCCGCGGCACCGUGCUCGGCCUGAAGCUGGACAAGCUGUCGGAUUCGGUGUCGGGGCAGACGGUGGUGGAUCCGAAGGGGUACCUCACCGACUUAAAGUCCAUCAAGAUCUCGUCCGAGGCGGAGAUCUCCGACAUCAAGAAAGCUAGGCUGCUCUUGAAGUCGGUCAUCUCGACCAACCCGAAGCACGCGCCCGGGUGGAUCGCCGCCGCGAGGUUGGAGGAACUCGCGGGAAAGCUCCAGGCGGCGAGGAGCUUCAUCCAGAAAGGGUGCGACGCGUGUCCCAAGUCCGAGGACGUGUGGAUCGAGGCUGCGAGACUCAACACGCCGGAGAACGCCAAGGCGAUUCUCGCUCGCGGCGUCGUGUCGUUGCCCAACUCGGUCAAGAUUUGGAUGCAAGCCGCCAAGCUCGAGGCGGAGGACGACCGCAAGCGACGCGUGCUCAGGCGCGCGUUGGAGAACAUUCCCAACAGCGUCAAGCUGUGGAAGGCGGUGGUGGACCUGUCGCGGGAGGACGACGCGCGCGUGUUGCUGUCGCGAGCGGUGGAGUGCUGCCCGCAACACGUCGACCUCUGGCUCGCGCUCGCCAGGCUCGAAACCUACGAACAGGCCCGAAAGGUUCUGAACAAGGCUCGCGAGACGUUGCCCACCGAACCCGCCAUCUGGAUCACCGCGGCGAAGCUGGAGGAGGCCAACGGCAACGGCGCGAUGGUGGGCAAGAUCGUCGAGCGCGCGGUUAAAUCCCUCGGGAAUCACGGAGUAUCCGUCGACCGCGAGUACUGGCUCAAAGAGGCGGAAGCCGCGGAGAAGAACGACCCACCCGCUCUCGCCGUGUGCCGCGAGAUCGUCCGCGUCACCGUCGGCGCGGGCGUCGAGGAGGAGGACAUGAAGCGCACGUGGAAGGCGGACGCGGCGGAGUGCGAAAAGCGCGGGUCCACGCACACCGCUCGAGCCAUCUUGGCGCACGCGUGCGGCGUUUUUCCCGCAAAGAAAGGUUUGUGGGUGCUCGCGGCCAAGCUCGAAAAAUCCGUCGGGGACAGCGCCGCGAUGGACGCUCUGCUGAAACGCGCGGUGGUGCACUGCCCGCGGGCGGAAGUUUUGUGGCUCAUGGCGGCCAAGGAGCGGUGGUUGUGCGGCGACGUUCCGGGCGCGAGGGACGUACUGGAGGAGGCUUUCGUGGUAAACCCGGAUUCCGAGGACAUCUGGCUCGCCGCGUUCAAGCUCGAGUUUGAGAACCGGGAGCCCGAGCGCGCGCGGGUUUUACUGGCGAAGAUUCGGGAAAAGGAAGGAGGCGCGAGCGAACGGGUGUGGAUGAAGUCGGCGAUCGUGGAGCGCGAGGUUGGCGACGUCGCGGAGGAGCGGAGGAUGCUGGCGGGGGGUCUCGAAAAGUUCCCCACGGCUUGGAAGAUGUGGCUCAUGCUCGGGCAGCUGGAGGAGGCGCAAGGGGACGUCGACGCGGCGCGGACGGCGUACACGAAAGGGUGUCGGCGGUGCCACGACGCGAUCCCCCUGUGGACCGCGGCGGCGACGUUGGAGCAGCGAAGCGGCUUUUCGGCAAAGGCUCGCGCGAUUCUCGAGCAGGCGAGGACCCGUAACCCCAAAAACGAGUGGCUGUGGCUCGCGGCGACGCGCCAGGAGCGCGCCGCGGAUCCCUCCGGGGUGGAUCCGGAGGCGAUCAAGGCGGCGGAUGCCCUGCUGUCGAAGGGUCUGCAGGAGUGCCCCGCGAGCGGGGCGCUGUGGGCCGAGGCGGUCAAGAUGGCGCCGCGGCCGCAGCGCAAGGCGAAAUCAGUCGACGCGCUGAAGCGAUGCGACAACGACCCUCGAAUCAUCGCGUCCAUCGCGAACCUCUUCUGGCAGGAUCGCAAGGUUGACAAGGCGAGGUCGUGGUUUAACCGUUCGUGCACCAUCGAUCCGGACAUCGGCGAUCACUGGGCGGCUUAUUACCGCUUCGAGUUGCAGCACGGCGGCGACGCCGCGGCGGCGGCUGUGGCGAAGCGUUGCCGGGAGGCGGAUCCCAAGCACGGCGAGCUGUGGCAGCGGGUUGGCAAGAAUGUGAAGAACUGGCACGACGACGCGGAGACGUUGCUGAAGAAGUGCGUGGCGGAGAUGGGCGCGGGGGAGGCUUAGGGUGUACCUUCGAAGGUGCUUGUAACGCGUGACCCUCGGUUGCGGCC